CACGCUUUGGCGUCAGAUCCGGUGCAGGGAAUGUUUGUGGAAGAUGGCGGCAGCGAAGAGAGCCGUGACUUGAGGAGCGGGGGGCGGCGACGAGACGGCGCGGGUGUGAGUUCGAGCGGGAGAAGGCCGCAGUGUGAUUUGUUAGAAGAAUUUUAUCACCAUGGCUUUGGAAAUAACCUCACCUCCUCGAUUUUUUCACAUGCCAAGGUUUCAGCACCAGGGACCAAGGCACACCUUUUACAAGCGGCCAGAUUUUGCCCAGCAGCAAGCUAUGCAGCAACUGACCUUUGAUGGCAAACGUAUGAGAAAGGCUGUGAACAGGAAGACGAUCGAUUAUAAUCCAUCAGUUAUUAAAUUCUUAGAGAACCGGGUUUGGCAGAGAGAUCACCGAGACCUCCGAGCAAUUCAGCCUGAUUCAGCUUAUUAUAACGAUCUGGUGCCACCCAUGGGAAUGCUGCAGAAUCCAAUGAAUGCUGUAACAACAAAAUUUGUCCGAACCUCAACUAAUAAAGUGAAGUGUCCAGUGUUUGUUGUCAGGUGGACUCCUGAAGGAAGGCGUUUAGUCACCGGUGCUUCAAGUGGCGAGUUCACUCUCUGGAAUGGGCUGACAUUUAACUUUGAAACUAUUUUACAGGCUCAUGACAGUCCAGUUAGAGCCAUGACCUGGUCUCAUAAUGAUAUGUGGAUGCUGACAGCUGACCAUGGUGGAUAUGUGAAGUAUUGGCAGUCCAACAUGAACAAUGUGAAGAUGUUCCAAGCUCACAAGGAGGCGAUUAGAGAGGCCAGUUUCUCACCUACGGAUAAUAAAUUUGCCACAUGUUCUGAUGACGGCACAGUUCGAAUUUGGGACUUUCUUCGAUGCCACGAGGAACGUAUACUUCGAGGACAUGGUGCCGAUGUGAAGUGUGUAGACUGGCAUCCCACCAAGGGAUUGGUUGUAUCUGGAAGUAAAGACAGCCAACAGCCAAUCAAAUUCUGGGAUCCUAAGACGGGACAGAGUCUUGCAACACUUCAUGCUCACAAGAACACAGUGAUGGAAGUUAAAUGGAAUCAGAAUGGGAACUGGCUUCUCACAGCAUCGCGUGACCACCUCUGUAAAAUGUUCGACAUUCGUAACUUGAAGGAGGAGCUACAAGUCUUCAGAGGACACAAAAAGGAGGCUACAGCUGUGGCUUGGCAUCCAGUGCAUGAGGGAUUGUUUGCCAGUGGGGGAUCUGACGGCUCUUUGCUCUUCUGGCAUGUUGGUGUGGAGAAGGAGGUUGGAGGAAUGGAGAUGGCUCAUGAAGGGAUGAUCUGGAGCCUUGCCUGGCACCCACUUGGACACAUACUUUGUUCAGGAUCCAAUGACCAUACCAGCAAAUUCUGGACGAGAAACAGACCUGGAGAUAAAAUGAGAGAUCGCUACAAUCUCAACUUGCUUCCAGGGAUGUCGGAUGAAGCUGUGGGAGAGUAUGAUGACAUUGAGCCAAACAGUCUAUCCAGUAUUCCUGGAAUGGGCAUUCCAGACCAAUUGAAACAAGCCUUGGAGCUGGAACAGACCAACAAAGAAGAGGUGAAUGAAGUGGAGAUGGCAAUCCCAGGAUUGGAUUGGGGCAUGGAUGAAAUGAUGUUGAAGGAUCAAAAGAAAGUGAUACAGAAGAAAGUCCCUUAUGCAAAGCCAAUUCCUGUACAGUUUCAACAGGCAUGGUCUCAGAAUAAGGUUCUUACAGUCCCUGUUGAGGAGCCAAAGAUCGAGAGGGCAGAAGAGAAGAAAAAGGAUGAAAAGAAGAAAUCUCAAGCAGAAAUUGAGCAGGAGAUGGCUGCCCUCCAGUACACCAAUCCAUUGCUCCUGGAGCAAUUGAAGAUUGAGAGGAUGGCACAGAAACAGGCAGAACAAGUUCAGCAACAACAGCAGCAGCAGCAGCAAGGUCCUUCCUUGGCACCACAGGCCUUUCCUGGACAAGGAUUUAUUCCACAGGGUCCACAAGGGUUUCAGCAGGCACAUCCACCUCAACAGAUGCAGAUGAACAUGCCUCUUGGACACUCAGGACCGCAAGCCAAUUUCAGAGCACCAGCACCUCCAGGACAAAUGGGUCCUCAAGUCCCUCCACUAAUGCAGGGCCCUGUUGGGUCACAAGGAUUAAUGGGAGCCCAAGCACAUGCAGGACCACAAGGAAUUCAUGGUCCAGGAGGUCACCCGGGACCCCAGGGCCAUCCAGGACCUCAAGGUCACCCGGGACCCCAGGGCCAUCCAGGACCUCAAGGCCACCCGGGGCCCCAGGGCCAUCCAGGACCACAUGCUUCACAAGGUUUUCCAGGUCCCCAAAAUCACCCUGGGCCACAAGGACAGCAAGGACCCCACAUUCAGCAAGGUUUAGGACCCCAAGGUCAUCCAGGUUCGCAAGGACCAUCCAGGGCCCCAAGGAUUACUGUGGCACAAGGAAUGCAGGGACCAUCAGGUCCGAGAGGAAUGCAAGGCCCUCCAAUGCAGGGACCUCCACAGGGCAUACAAGGACAUCCCCAGGGCAUGCAAGGACCACAGGGGCCUCAAGGGCCACAGUGUGCACCAGGAGGACCUCCACACUCUCAGCAGGGUUCUUCAAACACACAAGGGCCACCUCAUCAAGCCUCUUCCUUUCAACAGCCAGCCAAGCCAUCAUUGCUGGGUGAUGGACCUAGAAUGCCAUUUAACCAGGCUUCAAACCAGGUGCCACCAUUGAUGAUGGUGGGGCAGGGACCAGUUCGUAUGCCUGCUUCCAAUCAAGGGCCUUCAGGUCCUGGGCCAAACAAAGGUGACUCUCAUGGUCCACCAAACCAUCACAUGGGCCAUCCACAGGAAAUGAGGCGAGAUCAUAGUGCAGAGCGCGAUCCUGAGCGGGGACCACCUUACAGGGGAUCCCAGGACUGGGGGGAUCCACGCGAAAACAGAGGGUCUGCAGAGAGACGUGGUCCACCCCAGGACUUCCACGAUCGCUUUGAAGGACCCGAUCAAUUCCACGACGAUUUCCGCAAGGAUGAGCGGUUUGGCCACAGACCGCGGGAAUUUGAGAACCGCAUGGGCCCGAUGCCUCACGAGGAAGGUUGGCGGAGGGGCCCUGGUCCUCAGCGGGAUUUUCCUCCUGAUCAGGAGUACAGGGACUUUGGGGACCCUGAGCACAGGGGCCCAGGCCGAGGUCCACCCCAAGGAUGGGAUGGAAGGAAACCCUUAGAUGAGCGAUUCUCACGGGAGCCUGAAGAUGCACGUUUUCGUGGGAGAAGAGAUGACAGGUUUCGGCCGGUUCGAGGGGGUUCUCGGCACGAUGGUUGUGGCCCACGAGGGAGAGAUGCUUUUAUGAACAUGGAUGACUUCAUGGGCGAUGAGGAGUUUGAGCAAGCAGAGGAGAAUGCAAGGGGCCGUGACCCAGGAGGAAGAGGACGGGGCCGUGGAGCAAUGCGAGGUGGGCGAGGGGGUCUCCUUCCCCUACCCGGCCAUGACGAAUUCCCACGCUUUGAAGGUGGCCGUAAGCCUGAGAAAAGGCCAUUGUCUCCAGGAGGUCAUCGCGAUGGCUGGGGUGGCAGAGGGGACCGCGGAGAAAUGCACGAACCUGUCAGAGAACAAGGCCGAGGUGGUCCAGCUGUAUCACCACGAAUGCCCAAAUCUGGCCGCUCCAAUUCACACGAGGGAGAUCGACACGACGGCUUUCACCGAGAUGACGGAUUCAGUGGGCCAGGAGGACCCCCUCCGCGGGGUGGUGCCAGGGGCGGACCCAGCUGGGGAAGGAGUGGGAAGGGCUCGGUUCCACCACCCCGUCGAGGGCCUUCCAGGGGCAGCAGAGGGAGAUGAGCGAGCAGCAGCACUGAGAGAACGGAUUUUACUCAAGAUGUCCUGGGGCAUGUAUAGUCUUUCAACCAAACCUUGCACGAGUGACCUGUGCAAGAGUCUGGCCCCGGGAGAAGCAGCAACCUUUCCUUUUUUCAUUUUUGUACAGCUGGCAGCAGUGUUUGUUGUUAAACUCCAGCAGUUUUAGUGUUGUGAGGUCUGGAGCACUGCCACACACACACACACACACAAAAACACAUAUGAUAUGUGUCAGAUCAAAGAAGCUCUGACUCGGUGUACAGUUUGUCUCGAGUGUCAUUUUGUAUGACUACACAAUAUAAUUUGUGCAAAAUUUAACAGAAAGAUAGAGACCUGGUCUGUUUUUAUUUUGCCACAUCUUGUUUUACAUACAUAAUACAUCUGUUGACCUCUCUCUGAGGUUGUUCUCUGAAGUACAGAUGAGAAACUAAAGAUAUGUUUCAGUGUUUUGCCCUCUGUUUCGGGGAUUUGGGCAGUGAGAUCUGGUGCUGACUCCAAGGCAGACAUUGGGCAGGUUCAGCCUGUCUUUGCAAUAUACAAAGGACUACUGACUGUGAGAGGUGAAUGCUGUACAAGACACCAGAACUGCCUGCCUUUUGAGAAGUGCGUCUUGUGCCUAGCCAACAACUAAAUGCGGCACCUUCAGCAAUGCCACACUCCCUGAGUACUGCACUCAAAUCCUGCAGAGGGAUUUGAACCUACUCAGUGGUAAGGCUACCCAUGCAGCCAAGUUAACCCACUAGGGAUAAUGGAGAGCCACAUACUCAGAGUAAAGCUUCAGGUAAUCCAAAAUGAGUCACAAUCACAAGGCAUCACUGCUUCAAGUCUGGGCAGUGCAGUCACAGGUGGAAAGGUGAGGUCUGAAUAGCCAUACAUUCACCCAGAGAGGGAGACAGACAGACAAGCAUUGGUCAUUGUAAACACAAAUGUGGAUAGUGCUGAUCCACUUGUGCACAGCUAUUAAAGGUGUAAGAUCCCAUGGAGAGGCAAAUGAAAGUCAGCUGUAGGCAAUAUACUGAUGGUGCAAAGGCAGUUUCCUGGGUUUUAGCCAUGUAAUUGUAUUUGAAUGCUGCCAGACCUAAUCAGACUUACAGAAAGUGCAGAGGAAGCCAUGUACAGUCAAGUUGAAAUUCAUUGUCUUCUUGACUUUCCUAAACACAGAUUGCAUUGGGUAUCUGCAACUGGCUCCCUCCUCCAUUAAUUUACCAACUUGUCCAUUUAUGUACCAUUUCUUAUUGCCCUUUAUCACCAAACUAUUAUUUCACUAGUUAGUAAAAUCAGCUUUCCCUAUAUUUUCUAAUCUAUGUCUUUGUUCUGUACUUAUCAAGGCAGAAAUACCAGCCCUAUAACUUUGUGAUGGGACUUUUGGUGGUUCCAUGUUAGGAACUAGGGUAAUUGUUACAUGUUGCGAAGUUCCACAUGUGAUCAGUUUUCUUUACUGUUAAUCUGAACAAUAGCAUGAUCCAGGGGCAGAACAGGUUUUGUUUUCGAGAUUUAAUCUAGAUACUCAGCUUCCUUGUGCCUCUCAAUACUUAUUGGGGGCAAGCCAUGGAACUACUUGAGAAAAUAAGUUUGUACUUGAAUCACCAAGAAGCUUUAUUUCACAGUGAGCAGAGACUGCUCUUACCAUCCUGCAUUUUUCCAAAUCCUGUCAAUUGGCAGAAAUCUCGGAAUGAAUUCUCCAUUAGUUGAUUUACCCUAUCUGAUCCCAAAUGUUCAACCACUUUGAUCUGCACUGUUAGCUGUGAUCCUUCAACCUGAUUGUUAAUUAAAGAUAAUUUU